AGCGUAGCACAAAUGAGCACGGGUGGUAGUGAUACAGCUGGUGACAUUCCAAUUCCAGUAAAUAAAAAAAAAAAGCGACGUUCGUGCCGUGAUAGUCUGACAGCUGAGAAGAUUAGCACAAGCUAUCGCUUGGGCUCAGUUGGCCAAGAUACACAAUUAUGUUUAUGGGACAUAACAGAAGAUUUAUUAAGACAAUCUUAUGAAAAAAGGCAUCGACAAAGUUCGCUUGAGCCACAGAAUGAUAUAACUCAUCCGUUGAAGGAGAUGAAAAUUACGAAGGCAAGCGAUAAUGGUAAUAAUUCGAAUAAUAAAAUGAACACUUUCCGAUCGAAGUUCACAGUCACAAACGAUGGUAGUGGAACUUGCACGAGCACAAGCCACAACACGACCAAAGUUGCAGCUGUCUCCGAAAAUACAAAAUAUUCAAAUCCAAAUAAUAUUAGCAAAUUAUGUAGCAAUAAUAGUAAGUCAACGAAUGUGAUGGAGAAGUUCACUGUAAAAAAUGAUUCAACUAUGAACAACAUUUCAAGUGAAUCUUUUUCGAAUAAUAAAGGAAAUAAUGGAAAAUCCGCGGAUUCGGGAUUUAAUACUUUGACUCAACGCUUUUCCCAUUUCAAUUUCGUCAAUGACAGAAAAUUAUCAAGCAAUCAACAACAUAGUCAUAAAAAAACAUUCAUUUUCUCAAAGUCUUCUGGAAGUACUAAUAAUUGUACGAGCAGUAGCAAAAAUGGCAAUGAAUCCGAGAAAAAUUCCAAAUAUUUGAAUACUGUCGUUUCUACGUAUGACCCAAUGGAACUAAUUGGCUCUGCUGCAUGUCCACGAUUUGAUGAAUGUCCACUGCUUGAGCCAUUGCAUGCCAAGAUGGCUUCAUCUAUACGUGGGCUCGUCCAGGAUACUCUAAUAUUCCACACCCCACAAGCACAAGUCCAACAGGCGCCAGCAGUGGUACAGUUGUAUGAAAAAGAAUGAAUUACUAUACUUUCUAAUAGAAAUAAUUGUUAGAAAUAAAUACCCAAAAGUGUUUUCACACGUAUCAAGUUCUUAUUUAUUUCUAUAAUAUUGUUCUGCACCAUACAGUGUUUCUUCGCCACAGGUUGUUUAUUGGUAUAAGAGCAAUUCCAAACGAAAUCAUAGAAGAGUUAUAAUGUGGGGUCAAUGAAUUGGCGAAUUGGCUAAAAAUUGGUUUGGAGCAAGUCGACGCGCCACCUACGGCUAGAAGAGUGCAAACGGUUAUACGUAGACCUCUCAUCGUAAAUUUUCAAAAUGUCGGGAAUUUUUGUUGGGAAUUGGAAAAAAUGUCGGGAAUUCAUGAAAAAAAUAUCGGGAAAAGUCGGGAAGUUAAAAUUGCCUAGAAAAACACAAAAUAAUCAUAUAUUCAUAAAAAUAUCAAAUUCAAAAUACACGUAUUAUCGUUUGUUAUCUUUAUUUUCAUAUUCUUUGUUGAAGCAAAGUAAAAAAACUCGUUCCUAAGCGAACAUAAACGUAUUGGUAUCGAUUCAAAAAAAAUUCAGAGCGAUUUAAAUUUAUUUAAUCUUGUUAUUAAAUAAGCUGUUGGAAUGGAACUAUACUUCGAAAAAUAUGUUUCAAUUCAAAUUCAGAAUGCUCCACGCUUUAGUGAGAAAACGUUCAACAGAUUUGCUUGAUUUUUUUUUCUUUAUUCACUUUUACUCUAAAUUGUUGUGAAUGCUAAACGACCCAUUAGUGUCAAACACACUGAGCAAUUGAAUUACAUAAAAGAACGACCACAAAUGAGAAGCGAUGAAUUUCAUUGCUUCAUCAUAAUUAUUGAUCGGUGCGGUAUCGUAAUUUCUCGGCUGUACCUGUUUUUGCAGUCAUUGGUUUAUGAGAUAAACAAUAUAAACAAAAACAAAAA